AUGGACGGAAACCGUACGGCGCAGGACAAGGACAGGGAACCGGCGGCCGAAUGGAUCGGUCUCGGAGUGGCCGGAGAGGCCGUUCGAGCGGUCGAAAGGGCCGAAGGGGUCGCUCCCGGUCUGGGGGUCGACGCCGAAGGCGUUCCCAUUCGAGCGGAAGCCGAAGGAGUGGACGCCGAAGAAGGAGAUCGAGGGGUUGAUGACCUAACCGAGGAGAAAGUGAAGACAGACAUCGACUGUAAGUGUCGUUUGCGGCUAAACAGCCGCCAAACUCUGGAGAAAAUCGAUGUCCCGAAGGAUGCCAUCUCUGCCUCCAAUCAAUGCAAUGGAAACGACUUCACUCUCUGUACUAAGGCUUGCAAUGAAAAGAUAUCAAACGAGACAAACGGCUACGACUUGACUAAACCGAAAGCCGGCGCCGAGAGUACCGCGAGUUUAGGGCAAUCCUAUUGCGACCAAAUCGGACACGACCUGAAAGACGCCCGCAUUUACCUGUCGGUGACCCUCGAGUGCGACGUCGAGCGAGAGGUGACCCAAGAAGUGAACGGAACCGCUGUCAGUAUGGGUUCGUCGGUAUCCCAGUCGUCGAUCUCCCGGUUCGUCGAAAGCGGUUUCAAACAGGCGUUCAGUUGUGUCAACAAAACAUUUGCGAUAAACGCCUGAAAGAAAAUAUGCUCUCCUUUUAGCCAUACGUUUCACUAUUUGCUCGAUAAUACAUAAAUCAGUAGAUGUUUUGCGACAAAAAUAUUUUAGAAAUACUUUUUUUGUUAUUCUUACCGAAACCCCACAUUUCAAAUAAAUAUGACAAUUAGUACCCAAUAAAACAAACGCCUAUCAAAUACUGCAUAAA